CACAAUAUUGCUAAUUUUUGUCAUAGCAAUAUAAAUUAUAAUUUUACAAAUAUCUUCAGGCUUGUUCCAUGAGGUGUCAACAUGAAGAAUGUCACUGAAGUUACUAUAUUUGUACUGAAGGGCUCCACAGACAAGCUUGAACUGCAAAUUAUCUUGUUCUCCCUGUUUCUGGCAAUUUACCUGUUUACUCUGAUGGGAAAUUUGGGACUGGUUCUGUUGGUCAUUGGGGAUUCCCAACUCCACAACCCUAUGUACUACUUUCUGAGUGUGUUAUCAUUUUUGGAUGCCUGCUAUUCCUCAGUUGUGGCCCCCAAAAUGUUGGUCAAUUUCCUGUUGGAACAUAAAACCAUUUCAUUUCUUGGAUGUGCAGCACAGAUGUUUUUCUUUGUUACUUUUGGGACCACAGAAUGCUUUCUCUUGGCUGCAGUGGCAUAUGAUCGCUAUGUAGCAAUCUACAACCCUCCUCUGUAUUCAGUUAACAUGUCACCCAGGGUCUAUGUGCCACUCAUCAUUGCUUCCUAUCUUUGUGGCAUUUUGAAUGCUUCAGUGCACACAGGCGCUGCAUUUAGCCUAACCUUCUAUGCAUCUAAUGAAAUUAGACAUUUUCUUUGUGACAUCCCUCCUGUCCUCGCCAUUUCUUGUUCUGACACGCACACAAACCAGCUUCUAGUCUCCUACUUUAUGGGUGUUAUUGAGAUAAUCACUAUCCCAAUUGUCCUGAUCUCCUAUGUUUUCAUUCUAUUGGCCAUUUUAAGAAUGCAAUCUGCCAAAGGGGGAGAAAAAGUUUUUUCCACAUGUAGUGCUCAUCUUACCGGAGUGUCACUUUAUCAUGGAACAAUCAUCUUUAUGUAUGUGAGACCCAGUUUGAGCUACUCUUUGGACCAUGACAUGAUAGUGUCAAUAUUUUACACUAUUGUGAUUCCCAUGCUGAAUCCCAUUGUCUACACUUUAAGGAAUAAAGAUGUAAAAGAGGCAAUGAAAAGAGCGUUUGGUAAAACUAGGUGUAUCAAUAAAAUA